AUGGAGGAGCACCGGCCGAGCACGGAGGCGGUGAACGCCUGCCUGACGGACAUGUAUCAGAUCACCAUGUGCUAUGCGUACUGGAAGGCAGGACGGCACGAGACUCCGGCGGUGUUUGAAAUGUACUUUCGCAAGAGCCCGUUCAAGGGUCAGUUCACCCUCCUCGGAGGAGUGCGGGAGGUCCUCGGGCUGCUCCAGACGUACAAAUUCACAGAAGAGCAGAUCAGGUAUCUGAGGGAACAGAUGCCCAACGCCGACGCCUCCUUCUUCGACUGGAUGCAGAAUAUCGACUGCUCUCAGGUCAAGGUCUGGUCGUUCCACGAGGGCUCAGUCGUCUUUGCCCGUGAGCCUCUCCUCCGCGUCGAGGGCCCCAUCGCAGUCUGUCAGCUCCUAGAGACCACCCUCCUCUGCCUCGUCAACUACUCCUCGCUUGUCGCUACGAAUGCGGCUCGAAUGCGGCUCGCUGCAGGGCCCGACAAGGUGCUUGUGGAGAUGGGGCUGAGGCGGGCGCAGGGGCCGGACGGGGGGCUGUCGGCCUCGCGCUACUCGCACAUGGGAGGGUUUGAUUCUUCCAGCAACGUGUUAGCGGGGCUGAAGUUCGGGGUAAAGAUCUCGGGCACUCACGCGCAUGCGUUCGUGCAGUCGUUCUCAGGGAUCGAGGACCUGCAGCAGCAGGAGGUGAAGGCGGCAGACGGCUCCACUGUGAACCUGGUUGACAAGGUCAUGGCGUAUCGCAAGCAGCUGGGGAUCAGCAAGGCAAACCUGGGGGAGCUUGCUGCUUUUAUCGCGUACUGUCAGGCUUUCCCUUCCGCUUUCCUUGCGUUGGUCGACACCUACGAUUGCCUGGAGUCCGGCAUUCCCAACUUUCUGUGCUGCGCACUAGCCCUCAUUGAGUUGGGCUACUUCCCGAUAGGAAUACGAUUAGACAGCGGAGACUUGGCAGAAAUGUCGAAGUCGGCAAGGAAACUGUUCAGAGAGAUCGAGGAGAAAUUUUCCAUCCCCAACUUUGCCUCUCGCCUCAACAUCGUUGCUAGCAAUGACAUCUCAGAAGAUUCACUGCACGAACUAAACGACAAGGGCCAUGAGAUCGAUAUGUUUGGAAUUGGGACCAACCUCGUCACUUGUCAAGCUCAGCCAGCUCUCGGUUGCGUCUACAAGCUCGUCGCCAUGGGCUCUCUCCCUCGCAUCAAGAUCUCCCAUGAUCUCGUCAAAGUCAGCAUCCCAGGAUCCAAGAGAGUCUUCCGCCUUUUCGACUCCACUGGCUCUCCGCGGGUUGACCUGAUGAUGACGGACGAUGAGGUGAAGCAUGACGGAGCUCCCAAGGUGGGGGAGGCCAUCACUUGCUGUCACCCUCUGGAUGCAAGCAAGAGAAUUAGCUUCACUCCAGCACAAGUCGAAGAUGUUCUGACCUGCGUCUGGGAUGGCAAGAUUUUAACCCUGGUGGAGAAUGUUGAUGCUAUCAGAGAUCGAGCCAAGAGAGAGCUUCAAGCUCUUCCUGAGGAGCACAAAAGGCGCUUUGACCCGCAGCCCUACAAUGUCUCAAUAUCGGAGAAGCUUUUUAAGAUGAUGCACGACCUCUGGACGUCGGAGGCUCCUACGCAUUCGUCCGCCUCCUCCUCAUAG